GUAUUAAUCAAACCGUGCUAACAUGGCCGCCAUGAAAUCUGACAGUUCUGCGCGAAAGCUGAACAAAUUAUGAUGUUGGCUUGAGCGUUUUGUUUUUUUAAGAUAUGCAAACGGGAAGUAAGCAACUAUCCAGAUGGAGAGUAACAUUGUGAAUGACUUUGAGAGGCUGCGAGUGUUCUCCAGCUCUAUUGGAAAAAUGGACGACUUGGUCCAUGAUCUCAGUCUGGCUCUAGAGGACGCUGCGACCCACAAGCGCUCUAAGAGUGACGGGGGUCACGGGGCGUCCUCGUCGAGCUCACGACGUCAUCCGAGAAAACGUCGAGGGAGGCGCAAACGCCACCAGCCUGAAAACGGAAACUUCAGCGAGACAUCUCAGAGCAGUAUUGAUGAGGUGCUAAAAGACUACAUGGAGAACUGUGCACAGAGUGAUUCAGAUGACCUGACUAUUGCUAAACACAUUGUGCGGCUUACUUUACCACUAGGAAUCAACCACAUACCUCAGGUGGAAUCUGACUCUGUAAAUGAAUGCAUGUUUUCGCCAAUACGACCGCAAAGAAGGCGUAAAAAGUACAAAACAAUGGCUAUAGAUCCAGAUCCGACCUCCUCCCAGCACGAUUCUCCAGUGAAAGGCAAACCCAAGUACAUACGGCCCAGGAGCAAGGGAAUGGAGCUGCCUCAUUGCAGCAUGGGUACAAGCCCCAUGGACGGGGGCACCUUCCCCCACACUGCCAAAGAAGGGAGUACAGAGGAAGCCGUACCUGGCAAGAGGAAACGCAGCUCCAGAAAGUCUGAUUUCAGAGCCGAUGAUUGCUUUAAUAAAGAAGAUGAAACUUCUUUGGAUCUAACCAUGAACUCUCAGGACAACAGCAGCAGUUCUACAUUGAGUAGCAGCACAGAGUCACUGUCAGGGGAUGAAUAUUGUGUCACUGCAGAGGCUGAUGACGAGCAGAGUGAUUUCUUCCACGAGGCGGGCCCAGCAAGUGGCAUCCCGGGCGUGAUCCCAUGGUGGGAGAACGAGGGUGUGACCAGCGACGAUGAGCCCAUGGUGUCUGACAAGCAGUUCCAGCAGAUCCUCAACGGCUCCUUCCAACAUCUUUCCCGGUCCUCGCAGGUCGGCUUCAAGGCCCGUAUGACCCGCAUUAUGAGAAAGUGUGGCAGGGACAUCCGGUUUGGGAGAAGAAAGCUUCGUGGCAAAAUACCUGGUUACACUGUACAGAGGUUCAUCCAGGAGCGACACAAGUGGAACAGCAUGCAGGGAAAGCUAGGGGCCUGGAUUGCUAGCAGCAACAACAACAGCAGCAACAGCAGCGCCCUCACAGACAGUAAGAGACAGCGUAAAACCCCGCCUCCUAUCAAUGAGGCAGAAUAUGGCUUGUUCAGCAUUCAGUCAGAGCCCAUUCCGGAGAGCAACCUUGGUAACCGUAUGUUACAGCAGAUGGGCUGGACACCGGGUCAAGGGCUGGGUCUUAAUGGGGCGGGGAUCAGAACCCCUGUGACCGCUACCAUACGGCCCCAUCGCCAGGGGCUGGGUUGUGAAUUCCCAGGGGUCACCUCUGGGACCACAGGGGCUGGGGGAAAUGUAGGUACCGUAAUAGGGUUGUGCAAUGUAGCAUCUAAGAAAUUGAGUCCGGAGAGAAUUUCUGAAAAUGAAACGAUUUCCUGAUAGUGAUUCAACGCAGAACUGUACGCUGUCUUUGCCAUUGUGUUACACUGCUGGACAUUGUAAUGUAAUGAAUUUAUAAUAUAUUAUCUUGUAUUAUUGCUUUCUAUGUCCAGUGUGUUGUCUAGUGUGUAAAUAUGUAAUGUAUGAAUCAGCUUGUCAUACUCUGGGGGUCAAAAAGUUUAUAUAGAUAAAUAACUAAAUAUAUAUCAGUGGUUCUCUUCAAACUUUGUUCAGAUAAUGCCCGUGAGGUCAAACUUGCCACACCCCAGGGUCUGAUUUGUCACAAGUAGGUAAAAAUUACUGUAUGGAAUGCAGAGGGGAAUAGGUCUCUGCUGUGAGAAGUGCUAGUGUGCAUGAGUAUAACAUACAUUGAACCAGUUUAAUACAUUUGAUAACUUUCUGCACAAUAUGCGCAGCUAGUGUUCAUAAAUCAAAAUCUUGCAUCUUACUGUAUGGCAUCUUUCUUAAUACUUUUGCAACAUUUUUUUCCAUUUGAAGAAUUAUGUCAGUGACAUUCAUAGUUUCUAAAACAAAACAGUGUACAAUUCAUGUAUAAAUGUAAAUGUAGGGCAAAUUGCAACACGUCAAACCCAGAUACUUUUUACAUAAAAUACACUGCAUGAAAAUUAGCUGGUAAAUGUUUCAUCACAUGUGUUGAAAUAGCUUGUGACACUUUUAAACACCCCAAAAAUAUCAUGGAUUUUUGCACUUUCAGUAAGUAAUCCACAAGUUAAUUGACUAUUACAGUUGCAAAUUUCAACUGCUGAUUUCUGUAUUGGGAGGUUGUGAAACGAACCUUGUACUUGUAUGAGUGCAUGUGGACUCAAAUUUUUAGCAUUUUUUAUCCUGGUUUUUGUAGUUCUUUUCUUGUACAAAAUGUGUAGACUAUGGAUUCUUGCAAUGGCUUUAUCUUACCUUGUUCAGAAAUCUGGUUUCAGAUUGGCUGAGGUCUCAUUCUGAGUUUUUCUGCCCAUAUUAGGGUUGUUGCUUUUGUUAUUAGGAAAGUAACGUUAAAAGAUGUCAUGGAUGUAUACCGAAAGGUCCUGCUGUGUACCUAUCCAGAUCCAGAUCCAAAAAUUUUAUACGUUUUAUAAGACAGCGAACUUUUCUCCUGUUAUUACAUUGAUGAUAUAGAAUGAAGGGCACUCACGUACUUUGUUAUACAACUUCUUACUGACCCUGCAAAGGAUUGAUGCAAGGUAGCAAAUAUAUAUUUGGAUAGAGCUGUGCUUUGCCCAAUAUUAAUUGACUGACCUUGUUUGACACUGUUCAGGGUCCGUUAGGAGCUUUGUAAGUAAAGUUGUACAGGUUUGCAUAAGAAAUAAUUGGUGUAUCGAAAUGUAUUUUUAUUCACACUGGUAUUGAAUCAUUCUUCAUUUGUUACCUUAAGUGAAAUAUUAUGUUUUGCAAACCAAUUCAAAUUGUAACUUGUCUUCAUGAUUGGGUCUCUACAUACAUACGCACGUACAAGUUAGUUAAAACCUCCAAAUGUUACGAUAAUUUACUGUUAACAUUUUAUGAAGUUUGCGAAAUAGUAGAGAACAAUUGAGUUUACCUUUCAUAUAAAAGUAAGGGGUCAAGCUAGCUCAGCAGGUAGAGUUCUGGCCUACAAUUCCAAGGAACGCAGGCUUGAUCCCCGGCCUGGACACAACUUGUGUUAUGAAUAGUUAUGAGAUCAUUUCUAUGGCCGUUAUCUCCUAUACCUCGAAUUCAUAUACAUAGGUCAGUUUCAGUUAUUGGCAUAAUUAAGUGCAUCAAGCUCUGGUACUCUAGCUAACCCAGGAAAGUUGUGAGUUGGUAAACUGACCAUGAAGAUAUUUCAGUAAUACUUGUCAAAAACAAACAAACAUUUACCAGUUCACAACUCUAUAGUCUUCUUUUACACUCGAGCAUUUUAUAAAAUACAUGGUUUUUAUCCUGUAGAUAAUAACAAUUUCAUUAAUUCAUUAG